AUGAAGCUGCAGGUGAUCCGAUCGUUGGCGAAGGGUUGGUUCAAGCAGGGCGCACGCCAGUCACGCAUAAUUCCGGUAGGAACCUACAACCGCCGAACCAUUCUACUGCUGUACGGGAACCUACACAUGGAGCACACCACGAAGUGCCCGACGCCCUUGAAGGAGGGGGACACAAAGGAUCAGCUGAUGAACACAGCACUUGGUGGUUUUGUCCCUGCGAUGGCGACCCAAGUUUCUUUUUUCCCGUCGCUGAGUGCUUCGAUGUCCAUUUGCCGCCAGUUUCGAGGGAUCGCAAGCAGCAGUGUGUGUCGAGCGCAUUUUGAAGAUGAUGGUGGAGUUGCGCUUCGGGAAGCAAAAGCAGCUGCGGCAGCUGCGCGCACCGCAGAAAUUAUGUUAGUAGCAGCAAUACAGACGCAGGUGCCUGGCGAAUCGGAGUUGGGACUGAAGUAUCCAUCUGCAUUUCCUGUCACGAGUGCAGGAAAAGGAUGUGCAGCGGAGAGAGCGAUGCGUACAGCUGUUCUCAAGGCCCUUAAGGAAGCUAAUCUCGCGGCGUCCCGGGCUGAAUGCGCAGAAAACAGUGGAUACAUUCUGUGGCAACCGGGCGUCAAAGUUCGGCGGCCCAAAACUGGAGAAGAAGCUAUAAGCUUCGGGUCUGCAAUACUCUUCCGUGCCCGCACCACUUUACGAAGAGAACCCGUUACUGGAUGGAUAAAUGGACCACCAAGGUCUCUGCAACCGGCUCGUGCUUCUGAUAUGAUCACCGGCGGUGAGUCGACAUGA